GAGGGCUCACGCGUCUCGCUGUCACGCACCUAGGCGCUCACCGACGCGCAGGAAUUCUGGAUCCCUCGCGCGCCCGUGACGUCGCGCGCGAAGCGUUGUGACUCCACACACACGCGCGCACGGGCGCACACACGCGCUCCAGAUCCACGGGGCGAGCGACGCGGCAGCGCUCCUCCGGCGGCGGCGGCAGCAUGUCUACGGUGAUGAGCGGUCUGGUGAACAUGGCGAGCCUCGCGGAUUUCGAGCCGCUCGCGGCGGUGAUUCCCGCCACCAAAGUUGAGAUCACCGUGUCGUGCAGGAACCUCUUGGACAGAGACACCUUCUCAAAAUCCGAUCCAAUUUGUGUACUGUACACUCAGACUGUGGCGAACAGGGAGUGGAGAGAGUUUGGCAGGACAGAAGUCAUCGAUAACACGCUGAAUCCUGACUUUGUGCACAAAUUCAUCCUCGAUUACUUCUUCGAAGAGAGACAAAAUUUACGCUUCGAUCUGUAUGACCUCGACUCAAAGAGUGAAAACCUGUCCAAACAUGACUUCCUGGGCCAGAUGUACUGUACUCUCGGAGAGGUGGUGGGCUCUCAGGGUAGUCGUAUGGAAAGAUCGCUUGUAGGCAUUCCUGGGAAGAACUGUGGAACUAUUAUUGUGAAAGCUGAAGAACUUGGAAAUUGCAGGGAGUCGGUCUUGAUGCAGUUUUGUGGCAACAAACUAGACAAGAAAGAUUUCUUCGGAAAGUCAGACCCUUUCCUCGUCUUUUACCGUAGCAAUGAAGAUGGAACAUUUACCAUCUGUCAUAAGACAGAGGUGGUGAAAAACACGCUGGACCCUGUGUGGCAGGCCUUCAAGAUCCCAGUCAGAGCACUGUGUAACGGGGACUAUGACAGAGCAAUAAAAAUUGAGGUAUAUGACUGGGACAGAGAUGGAGGUCAUGACUACAUUGGCGAGUUCAGCACCAGCUACAGGGAGCUUUCUAAAGGCCACUCUCAGUUUACUGUGUGGGAGGUGCUGAACCCCAAGAAAAAGAAAAAGAAGAAAAAAUAUCUAAACUCAGGAACCGUCACUCUGCUGUCCUGCUUCAUUGAUGUCGAGGUUACGUUCCUGGACUACAUCAAAGGAGGCACUCAAAUUAAUUUCACAGUGGCCAUUGAUUUUACUGCAUCAAACGGCAACCCUUCCCAGCCUACCUCUCUACACUACAUGAGCCCGUAUCAUCUGAAUGCGUAUGCUCUGGCCCUCAGAGCUGUGGGGGAGAUUAUUCAGGACUAUGACAGUGAUAAGCUGUUCCCUGCACUGGGGUUUGGUGCAAAACUGCCACCCGAUGGCCGUGUGUCUCACGAAUUCCCCCUGAACGGGAACCCAGAAAACCCAUAUUGCAGUGGGAUAGAGGGUGUUCUAGAGGCGUAUUAUCAGAGUCUGAAGUCUGUUCGUCUGUAUGGACCAACAUACUUCUCACCUGUUAUUAAUCAUGUAGCAAGAUAUGCGUCAUUAGUAAAGGAUGGCUCCGAAUACUUUAUCCUCCUCAUCAUCUCUGAUGGGGUCAUCUCAGACAUGGCCCAGACGAAAGAAUCCAUUGUAAAUGCCUCCAGUCUUCCGAUGUCAAUUAUCAUCGUUGGAGUUGGGCCGGCAGAGUUUGACGAGAUGAUUGAACUAGAUGGAGAUGAGGUCAGGAUAUCAUCCAGGGGUCGCUUCGCGGAGAGGGACAUUGUGCAGUUCGUUCCCUUCCGAGACUACAUCGAUCGCAGGGGGAAUCACAUCCUCAGCAUGGCCCGUCUGGCAAAAGACGUUCUUGCGGAAAUCCCGGAUCAGUUCCUCCAGUACAUGAGGAGCCGAGGCAUCAAACCUCAGCACUCGACCCACUCCACUUCCUCCAAGCCUCCGUCCGCACUCGUCCAGCCGCUGCAGACGCAGAUCUGAGCCAUCGCACAAACCGUACGUCUUCUCUUCGGGUUCACUGUCACUCUCAGGAUCACACACGGCCUGUCUGAGUGAAACGCUGCCCUCCUGCACGCUGUCUUUCAGUACGUAGGGCGACGUUAGGGAGCUUUACAAGCGGCGUCGUCCUUCCUCGGGCGGCGCUGAGGUUUUAGGUGGUGUUUCAGACUGUUUUAAAGUAUCGCGUGGCCUCUUCAGUCAAACAUCAGAUAUGACUUCACAGUCUCUGUCUCACAUAGCCUACUAUCUCCCGUUCUCAUGUCUGUCGAACUACUGCAGACGUUUACAAUUGUACCGUUUUUUACAAAUGGAUGUUUUUUUUGUACCUCAUGAAAACUCUGAGCUGCUUAAACAAUGAAAUUGACUCAUUUUAUUACAUGACAUUGUAAAUAGAGCGAGUGUGAUUUCAGAAAAAGCACGAAUCCGCUCUCAGUGCAAACGUGAGAGAAAACUUUCACACGGAUGCGCGAGGCCUUGGUUUUCAUUCAUUUCCAUUAUUUUACUAUAUCAGCGUUCUGCGCGUCCUGUGUAACUGUAAAGAAUUUGUGCUUAGCUGCACUAGCGCAGAACAGAAAUUUAACAGGAAAAGCCUUACUCUCCGUUAAAGGAACAGUUCACCCAAAAUGAAAGAUUUCGCAUUAUUUACCGAACCUCGAGAAAUGACGAAACGCAUAUGAUUCGAUGGGUUUGUAAGCUGUCGUUAUUACACGUGAUCUUAAAUUUUAAGCUUAAUUAAAUGCUAUACACAAACGUACGACAUUUAGUGUUAUUUUUAUUAGGUAGAAGAAAACUUCUCUGGAUGUGUGUUUAUUGGUGGAAAAAAUUGGAAUAGGAAGGGUUUGCCAAAUAAAUAUCCACCAGAGAACUAAUGCACUAACAUUAGGGAAAGUUUAGAGAACACUUUUAAGGUGUUUUUAUGUGGAGCUUUUGUAGCUACGGCCUCCAGUCACUUUCCUCGUAUUGAAAAGAGCAGCACGAACCUUUUGCUAAAUACCUCUUUUUUUUCCCCCACUUGAACGAUAUGAGAAUUUCAGUUUUUUUAGGUGAACUGUUCCUGUAAUGACAGAACUGUAGCUGCUCUCGAUAUCUAUAUCCAAGCACAGAAAUGCAAGCACAGCCUCAUACAGAAGUAGCAUAUGCGUUCAAGCAUGCAAGCACACAAGUGGCGUGUUUUAUUUGCGUUUGUAAUGGUCAGUCUUAUUUGCAUGUAGUUUUGAGGCAUGUUCUUGAUUAGUUCUUUGGGUCACUCUACAAUUGUGGCGACGGAUGCUUUUGCUUUCCGACAAACUGCAAUAAUGCACCACUCUUUAGAAAGCCAUUUGUUUUUUUUCCUCAAUUUUAGAAAUUGUUUUACAUUUAAAAUAAUAACUGUAACUUAUGUAGAAAUGAUCAGGGAAAAUCUGUAAGGCAUCUUUAAAAAAGAUCAAAUUUUUAUUAUUUUGCUUACCCCACUGGCAGAUUAUUUAGCUUUUUCUACUUAAUUUUGAUUUGUUUUUUUUUCAAUAAUUUUUACUUGCCUAGAAAAUCCUCCUCGGUUUAAGAAUUUUAAGAAACGAGACCAAAAAUCUAGCAUUUAAAAGCGUUUUAAAUUUAAAAGCAAAGAAGAGCGAAGCCGAUCAAAUAUUUAUCAUCGCCUCGACACGACAAAGAAGGCGAAAAUAAAAUUGUACGGUGUGUUUAAUUUAGAAUCGAUGAGCUGGAAAUGACAUCACAAUUGUAGACUGACCCGUCGGAAGAUCAUCAUCGAGAACGAAAUGAUAUAAAAAUGUAAAUUCUUUCCAAUCCAAUCCAUCAAACCGAACAAUGCUCAGUGACACCUGGUUAAACUGCCUUUAACAAAAAUAAAAAGCUACCGACAGCACUUAACGUGUCUCUGGAGAUCGCUCCAGUCGGUGUCAAGUGCUCAGAUGUGCCCCUUCUGCUCCAAACCCUUCAUAUUUCAGCAAGAAAAUACACGAGCGAGCCUUUACCCCAGCAACCCCCGAGAAAAAAUAACUCCGACACAGGCACAGAGCUAAGACUUCAUUUAUUUAACAUGACAGUGUGUCAACGUCAGGCUCACACCCACUCACGCUGCUUCUGUGCUGUAUUAUCUCUAUAAAUCAUGCAGAAAACAUGCAUCAAAAUUUAACCGCGUAUGGGACGGGAACGCGUUUUUUUUUUCCAUAUGGUUUCAGGCAUUGUCGCUUGCAGUCUUCCUCGUUUAUGGUCGUAUCGAACGGAACCUCUUCUGUAGAUUAUUUGUACAUUGACUAUAAUAAUCCAUGAAUGAAACAAAUCGCAGCCGAGUGACUUAGAACUUCUCGUCGGUUUUAAAACGAACUACUUUGACUGCAUGGCUAAUGAAUUGUUUACAAGUAACAGAUAUCGUGCAUUUAAUCUCAGGUGUGAUGACCCUUAUUUGUGAAAGUGGUGACAGGUGCCAGUUUGCUUAGUUAGGAUCAGUUUACCUGCUCAUUGCACCUCAAAGGGUUAGAGGUCGUGUUAGUUGGCUGUAGGUCGUUUAAUGUACUUUUUUUCUUUAGUACAGCGCUGGCUGAACGGCAUGAAUUUUAGUCACCAUUCCGGUGAGAAUUCGUUUAAAACGAACUCAUAUAAACGCAGAUAUCGUUUACCUUCGUUAUUUAUUAAUUCACCGCUUAAUAUUGCCUGCAUCAUGUUUGCAUGAGCGGUAUUUGAAACAAAAUACUUAUUUUGUAGAUCGUUUGUUUUAGAAAAUGAAGUCUGCCUUAACAGAGCAUUUAUUUGUGUUAUGCCAAAUUGACUAUAUUCCGUUUUUUUUUUUUCAUUUCUUUCUUUUACAAACACUUUCCUUGUUUUGUGAACGAGACGCAUGCAGGUGAUGUUAAACCAGUGUAGUUUGGCAUUAAAUGCACUCACAGAUAAAUCAAGUGUAGCACUUAUCAAUGCAAGAACGGAUCUGCUUAAAAAUGCCGAUUAUUAUCGAGAUACCCAAUAUCCAGAACAAAGAAGGCCCAAAUUUUGACCAAAGUCCAGUUUUAUAAUUAUAGUUUCCAUAAUGAGCGGAGAAAGACUCGAUAAACUCUGAAUCGAUGUGAAGAUAUGUUGUAAUGAUUAUAAUAUCUGUUAAUGAUGCCCCAUUCUUAUUUUAUAAAUAAACAUUAAAAUGAAACACUCCA